CUGUUCUCUUUGUCUGUGACUUAGAUUUUGUUUUGUCAUUGUUAUCAACUUGUUGGUUUUAAAUCAUAAAGUUUUGUGGUUUGAUUUUCAGUUCAUUUUUAGUGCCGUUGUAAAAUAAUUAAUUUACAGGAUGUCAGCAAUACCUGUAGUCACCAUACAAAGCGAUUGGAACGAUGUUAUAAGAUUGCCCAAGGCAGAGGCGUGGAUAUCAUCGAAGUACCUUAAUGAGAUGAGCAUACAUGAUAAAUUAAAAACAGCUAUAAAUAAUCUUGAUAACAAAAUCAAAAUUAGCUUUACAGAUAAUUAUCAAUAUGUUUCACAUGGAAAUUUAAAUCUAGUUGUUAAACAUAUAAAGUCUGGUUUGAAAGUAGCUUUUGUAGCUCCAACUAAAACUCAUAAAGUACACACAAAAGCUGUGUUGUCAGUGUCAAUAGCUGAAAAUUCAUUAGCUGUAUCAUCUUGUGAAGAAGACAAACUAUUAGUAUGGGAUAGUAGAACAAGUGAAAUUCUGCUUGAUUUGAAAGGACAUGGUGGUCCUGUGUAUAAAUGUAGAUUGUUUCCAUCUGGUAUUGUUGUUAUAUCUGCUGGAGCAGAUGGUUCUUGUAGAAUUUGGUCUGCUGAAUCUGGAAUAAACCCUGUUACUUUAAAAGGGCACACAAUGGCUGUUACUGAUAUAUCUAUCAUAGAAAAAGGAAGAAAUGUUGUAACUGUUAGCAAAGAUGGCUCAGCUAAAUUGUGGGAUGUUGGUGAAUCAAACUGCUUAAGUAAUAUAACUGAAGGACAUGGACCCAUAAACUGCUGUGAAUUAGCAAAAACAAAUGAUAAGCAUGAAGUUGAGAAUGAACGAGAGGUAGGAACAAGCGACAAGCUGCUAGUGGUUGGCUGCGAAAGCGGAUUAGUAGUGUGUACUCAUAUCGCCAGACGUGAAGAAUUAUUCCGAAAACAGCUGGAGUCUCCUUGUAAUGCUUGCGUUGUUAUUGAAGAAACGGCAAUUUUAGGCUGUGCCGAUGGAAAGGUAAUACAAAUGAAACUGAGCAAUAGUGACGUUAUAAGAAAGUGGGAGGAAUCGGCCAGUCCUGUUCUCAGUCUGAUUGCGCUUCCAAAUCAAUUGUUUGUGGUCGGGCGUCAAGAUGGCACGUGCACUGUCCUGUCACUACAGCAGUCGUACGCAAUGACCAGGGUACAGUUAACUGGAUCCGAUUGUGAUGGCAUCAGAGAUCUAUCGUUCAACGGAAAGUGGAUAAUUGCCGGUUGCAGAGAUUCUCAUAUACGAAAGUAUGAUUUUAAUCAAAUGAUAGUGCACUACAAGUGACAGUAUACUUCAUAGCCAUUAUAUAUUAAGUAAAAAUACAAUCUGAUAUUUCACUCGACUGUUUUUUUUAUUAGUAUUAAAUGUUGUUAUAGUAAUACUUCGUAAUAUCUUCACAAAACACAUUAUCGCCUCAACGCAAUCUUCUUGCAGUCACAUAACAUACAAUAUUCUGUUGAUACAAUCUGAAGACAAAAAUGUUCAUAUGUGGUGUAAGAGCUUUUAUACUAAACUACCAAUCGGCAAGAUACGGAUUGUCAUUUCGUACGGCA